AUGGCGACCCCCGCGUUGUCUACGCUGCCGGAAGAGAUGGAGGAGGAGGUGCUCCUGCGCCUGCCCGUGAAAUCCAUCCUCCGCUUCAGCACCGUGUGCCGCCGCUGGGCGGCGCUGCGAUCCUCCCAGGAGUUCUGCGCGGCGAGGACGAAGCUUGCCGAGUCGAAGACGACGGAGCCAGCAGCACAGCUGCUGUUCCUACCCAUGCCAGCGAGGUGGGACGCUCCGAGAACCACCGAGGUGCGCUCCGGCGACGGCAGGGCGCUGCUCACCCUCGAUGGCGUGCCAGGCUGCAACGCCGUCAUGGCAACCGCGCCGUGCCAUGGCCUAACCCUGCUGCACGACCAAGGCUCAGGAUGCUGCCACGUAUUCAACGCUGCCACGCGAGCGGCCACCAUGCUGCGGACGCCUUGCACGCUGUACGGUCCGUCGAGCGCCGGCCUCGGGUUCGACGCCAGGACCAAGGAGCACAAGGUGGUGCGGCUGUUUUUCUCCGGGGAGAGGAUCAAGUGCGAGGUGCACACCCUCGGCAGGGGACCAGACAGCCGCUGGAGGCCGCCCAUCUCCUGCGCCGACACUGACGGCGUGGUGGUUCCAUGA